CAUUAGUUGAGCUUAUACGGAGAACAAAAAUAUAUGUGAACUAAGUACUCUGCUAAAAAAAAACUUUUGCGUUAAUUGAAGUUACAUUUAAUCGCUAGUCUUAUACUUUUCUUUUUAAUAAUUUAAUGUUGAAAAAAUACAAAACCAGACUGUAUAGAUUUUUAAAAUCAAAUACCUAAUUUGCGAAAUGUGAAAUUGAUACGUUUUCGGUUAUAUAUCCCGUUUUAUGCAAUUUUAGGCUAAAAAUUUUUGCUUAGGAAAUUUUAUUUAAAAGUGUACAGUGCAAUGUUGUCAUUUACUGGAAAAAAAUCAUAAAACAUGAGAAUUUAGAUAAAUGAAAAUUAUAAAUUUGAAAAUUUUUGCCUCAAAUUUUUGGAUGUAUUACACAUAUGAAAGAAUUUAUUUUUUUAAAGUGCUAUAAACAACAAUUGAAUCAGUUAAAGGAAAAAAUAAUAUUUGCUUAGCGUAGUAUGCAAAUUUGUCCACAGUGGAUUUCUUUAACAAAAUGGCCGUUGGACCGACGGAGGGAACUAAUCCUCCACAAUCGUUGGCACGUCAUCAUCAAAUCGUAGCACCGAGUCCAAUUCUUGCUGUACCAACUUUAGCAUUUUCUGCAACACAAGUCGAAAUCGUUUGCAAAACUUUAGAAGAAUCGGGAGAUAUUGAAAGAUUAGCAAGAUUUUUAUGGAGUCUACCAGUUGCUCUGCCCAACAUACAUGAAAUAAUCAAUUCUGAGUCUGUUUUAAGGGCAAGAGCCGUCGUUGCGUAUCAUGUGGGAAAUUUCAGGGAACUGUAUGCAAUAAUAGAAAACAACAAAUUUACUAAGGCUUCAUAUGGAAAGCUACAAGCAAUGUGGCUCGAAGCUCACUAUAUUGAAGCGGAAAAAUUACGUGGGCGAUCACUGGGACCUGUUGACAAAUAUAGAGUUAGGAAAAAGUUUCCACUUCCACAAACAAUAUGGGAUGGGGAACAAAAAACGCAUUGCUUUAAGGAAAGAACGAGGUCGUUGUUAAGAGAGUGGUAUCUCCAAGAUCCAUACCCAAAUCCAACUAAAAAAAGAGAAUUAGCAAAAGCCACAGGUCUCAAUCCCACUCAAGUGGGCAAUUGGUUUAAGAAUCGAAGGCAAAGAGAUCGAGCUGCUGCAGCAAAAAAUCGGGUACAACAAUGCAAGGAUAAUGAAAUGUUAAAUUUAGCACAACAAGAUAGAGAUAUGAUCCUUUCUCCAGUUCCUUCAACAGCAUCGGAUUCAGACAUAUCACUGGGGACACAUUCGCCAAUACCAAACCAUAUAGCAUUCCAGAACAGCCCUGAUUCAACGUCAAAUAGUGUUUAUGACAAAGAUGAGAGUUUUCAUUUGGAAGGAGAUUUACAAAAAGAAUUUUCGUCUGGCUCAAAAUUGGAGAGCACAAAUACAUCUCCUGGAUUAGUACCUUUUAGAAAUGAAGUUAAUUUCUUUUCCGAGCGUUAUUUUCAAAAUUUUUCAUCUCUUCCUAAUUUUCAAAACUUUCCAAUACAGCCUGCUGUAAUACGUCCCAACCCACAAACCACAACACCUCUUGAUAUUAAUGUAUUGAGCCAAGGGCAUGCAAAUUUAAGAUUGUCCGCAUAUACAACUGCUGUAAAUAUUUCACCACCCAAAAUUCGAAUAAGUACUCCAGCUGUGUUAAAUUCAAAUAUUGCAAACAGUGUUCAAAAUGCUGAUAUACCCACAACAGUAGUUAGUGAGAGAAAACAACUCUUAAGUGUACAAUUUAUACAUCGACCAUUUUCAACCUCCCCUCCCCCGCAAGCUACAGAAAUAACGUGAAAAUAAUGCUGAUGAAAAAUUUGCGAUGGCAUUGAAAAACUUAAACAUGAUAUGAUUUUGCAGAAAUAUAAUUCAUAAUUAUUAACAACAAAAACAUUAAAGAAAAAUUAAAAAAAAAUGUACAUUUUUUAAGAUAUAAUUGAAAUAAAGGAAGAAUAGUUAUUA